AUGGAUAUGUCAAAGUAUUCUUUUCCCCGUUCUAAUUACUUAUCUUGGAAUCCAUAUGAGCUCCACAAACAUUUAAUUAAUACUUAUGUAUUAAAUAGAAAAGGGAAUACAGCACUUUUGAGAAGAGACAAUUCUAAAGAUAAAAGAGACAUUGAUAUUAUUAGAGAAAAUCAUAAAUUUGUAUGGGAAGACGAUGAUAUUCCAUCGACAUGGGAAGAACGUUUGGCAAAAAAGUAUUAUGAUAAAUUGUUUAAAGAAUUUUGCAUUACUGACAUGAGUAAAUAUAAAGAAAAUAAGUUUGCUAUGAGAUGGCAAACAGAACAGGAGUUAGUAACUGGAAAGGGUCAGUUUGUAUGUGCAAACAAAGCCUGUUCUGAGAAUGAAAGUCUUAGAACAUGGGAAGUCAACUUUGCUUACAAAGAAGAUGGAGAAAGAAAAAAUGCUCUUGUGAAACUAAGGUUAUGUUCUUCCUGUUCAAAAAAACUGAAUUAUGCUCAUAAAAAAACCGAAAUCAAACGACCUAAAAGAAAGAAUAAAUUGACAAAUGAUAAAAUAUUAUCAUCACCUAUUGAAAAUAUUUCUGAAGGAACUGUUGUUGAAAAUAUUCAGAAAAAAUCUGAUGAACCCAAAGACAGUGGUGAAGGGGAAGAGAUCUGGAAAGCUCCUCUUGAAGAUGUUGAAGAAAUAUCUCGCGAAGAAGAAUUUGAAAAAUACCUGGAACAUCUAUUAUUAUAA